CAAAAAACAAGAAACAAAAUGGCACGCGGCUUCGAUCAUCUGUUCAAGUUGCUAAUAAUCGGCGAUAGCGGCGUGGGCAAGUCGUCGCUUCUUAUCCGGUUCUCGGACGACACAUUCUCGGGGAGUUACAUCACCACCAUCGGCGUAGACUUCAAGAUCCGCACUGUGGACAUAGAAGGCAUGCGUGUGAAGCUGCAGAUCUGGGACACGGCUGGCCAGGAGCGCUUCCGCACGAUCACCAGCACCUACUACCGCGGCACCCACGGCGUCAUCGUCGUCUACGACGUGACGAACGGCGAGUCGUUCGCGAACGUACGCCGCUGGCUGGAGGAGAUCCAGAACAACUGCGACGUGGUCAAGAAAGUAUUAGUGGGCAACAAAAACGAUGACCCGGACAGGAAGGUGGUCAUCACAGAGGACGCGCAACGGUUCGCGAAACAAAUGGACAUCGAGCUAUAUGAGACAUCUGCCAAAGAUAACAUCAACGUGGAGAACAUGUUCCUGUCGAUCACGCGGCAGGUGCUCGAUCACAAGCUGCGCACCUCCCCCAACGAGCAGCAGAAGGACACGCUCCACCUGAAGCCCAAUCCCAAGGGCACCAAGGGUGGGAAGUGCUGCAGGUGAAAGCGGCUCUGGCACGGGAGCUGGCAUUGGAACUGGACCGACGGCGACGGCGGGACAGGAAUUGGAACCGGAAUUAGGACCAGGACCUGGAUCAUGUCCGGGGUCGAAUGGAAUCGUUGUGGGGCGCGUAGUUUGUAGGGAUCUUGGCGUACAACACGGCACACACCACUCACUCACAUAGACAUAGCUUACACCAACAAACAACACUCACACACCC